AUGCCCUCAAUCCGCAAAGUCAUCACUGUUUUCUUCUCGCUUGCCACGAUUGGAGUGGCCGGCCUCGUCGCCAAGCUCUUCUUUGAUGAACACCAAAGAAAGAAAAGGGACAAGGAACUGAGAAAGAAAAUGAGCAAAGAGCUCUUAGAAACGCUGGACAAGACUGAGCCAAAUCAGAAAGAAGAGUUCAAAUUCUGUCCAGAAGAAAAUACGAUCCGGAGAACAAGCGUCACCAGAACCUACCCAACGAGCGAAAUCGACACUGAAGUCGUCCCAGAUGAUCAAGACUCCUACGACGAAGAUAGCUUUGAUUCCGCCACGAGCAGUUCCACAAAAAGCGUCGAAGAGGACCUCGAUUUUUGCGACUUGGCAGCGCCAUCGACUUUGGACUGUAAAGACGACGUCGUGGAAAAAUCAUCUUUGGACGGACUCUUCAAUUUGCUGGAACAAGUUUUGAUCGCCGAGAAAUUCCAGGAAAUCAUCUCGUGUCUUGAGGAAAUCCUCUUCCGCGCCCGAAUCGAAGAACAGCUGCUCGAAAUCGCGGACCACAAUAAAAUCGGUUUGGUCCUGCAGUGCAUCACCCACGCCAGCGAAAGAGUCAUUCUCGUUGCUUGCCAGAUUAUUGAGAAAAUCUCUUUGAGCGAAAAGGGCAAAAACUCUGGAAUCGAGUUCGUGCCCGUCUUGAUCCAAGCUGCAAACAGCCAGCUGAUCCAGUCGUCCAAGUCAAGCGGAACACUCGAAAUCGUGACCGACUGUAUCGCCAAUUUCUCGCGAAACUACUGUCCCGAGCAAGAGUCUGCUUACCUCUCCCUCUUCGACACAGCUUCCCGAUCGAGUUUGACAGAUGGAGACGAAUUCUUCGGCGCCAGUUUGAUGAAAGUGGUCGUCAGCUUGAGCGAACAAAACCUCGGCCAAGAGCUGCUCCAGAAAUCGGAAACGACGCUUGGAUGGACUGAACGGCUUCUCGAGGAAAAACAAGGAGGAAAAGAGGUGCAGAUCCGCUGCCUCUACGCGGUCAACAACAUGAUCAACGAGACUGAUUGGAAUCUUCGCCGCAAGAAAUCAAAGGACGUAAUCUACGAGUACGCGCAAAACAACAACGAAGCAGAGCGAGAGCUUUCCACCAAAUCUUCCCAGAUUUUGGAGCUCAUCAACUUUUCUCAAGAACAAUAA